AUGGCCAAAUGUGAAGCUUGUGGUGGUAUUGCAUCUGUUACUUGUGGUGUAACUGGUUGUGGAAAUAAAGGAUGUCUUAAUUGUCCAUAUAUGACAGCAGUUUCAAGAUUUACAAAUACUUUCAAUGCAAGAAAUGUUACAAAUACAAUUAAUCGUAAUUCUCCAUUCGGUGCAAACAUGUCAAAUACUAUGUUUGAAUGUGGCGAUUGUAGAAAUGCUUCCAACACCUCUUCUUCCAACAACUCCACUUCAUCUUCUUCUGAUGACUCUUAA